CGGUACACGAGCAAAAGCGGACCUAUUUAGAAAAAGCAAAGAGAAAUCCAGAUGCUUACGACAAUACAAUAAUCCCCCUCCCCUCAUUUUAAUAUUAAAAAAAAAAUACAACAAUGGAAAUCCCAUUCUAUUCUAUUUAUCUCCACAUACAUACCUCAAAAACCAACUCGGCGCUUCUUAGACUCUCCUAGACUCUCUUAGAACCCAUUUCUCUCUCUCUCUCUCUCUCACACACCAUGUCUUCUCUUCUCAAUUCUCAAGGGAUGGUCUUAGCCACCGCCAUGGCCGUCUCCGGCACCGUAAUUCUCUUCACCUUCUGCCGGCAGAAGCCGUUCUCCAUCCCCCACUUCGCCACAGAUCCCAAUUCCACGUCCAAUCACCACAAUCUACGGUCUUGCAUCUCUUCUCAUGAGAAGAAAAGAGAUAAAAAGAAGAAAAGGGUGCACUUCGCCGACGAUGUUAUCGAGCCAGUUAGAGAUAGUGAAGUGUUUACCAUCAAAGAUGAAAUAAUCCCAGAAUUCAAGCAAGUUCGGCAAUCCAAGGUGGCCCACCAAGUCGGAAGAAUACCCGCGAAUCAGAUGGCCUUGUACAAUGGAAUUCGCCAGGAUCGUAUGCAACGGAUGGCUUGUUCGUACUGAUGUGAAAAUUGUUUUUUUUUUUUUUUUGGCUAAUUGUAGUCCAUUUUGUAGAAGAUGAAUUAAAAAGAAGUUUAAUCUUCUGUUGUAAAUACUCCUAGUUUAGUGGUGGGCCAUCUGGGAUCCAACGGUGGAUGCAGCGUUGCGGUCCAUGUGUCUCGACAACUAGGCGACAGACACUUGUGUGGGCCCUAGUGAUGUUUCAUGUUUUGUACCUUUGCGAUUGGAAUAAGAAAUGCAUAGCGAAAAUUCUCAUAUAAAUCACAAAUAAUAAGGAUUAUUUUGUAA